AUGACCUCAGAGGGCCACAUGCCAGGCCCUGUGUGCCUCAUCGAGAAUGUGAAAGGGCAACUGAUAGGCAACCAAGAAGCUCUGAGGAUCCUGUCUGACAUCAAGCAGCCAGUGGUAGUGGUGGCCAUCGUGGGCUUUUACCGAACAGGCAAAUCCUACUUGAUGAACAAGCUGGCAGGGAAACAAACAGGGUUCUCUUUGGGCUGCACGGUGCAGUCUCACACCAAGGGGAUCUGGAUGUGGUGUGUCCCUCAUCCGCAGAAGCCAGGACACACCCUAGUUCUGCUUGACACUGAGGGCCUGGGAGAUGUUGAGAAAGGCGACAAUCAGAAUGACUGCUGGAUCUUUGCCCUGGCUGUACUUCUAAGCAGCACCUUUGUGUACAACAGCAUGGGAGCCAUCAACCAGCAGGCCAUGGACCAGCUGCAUUAUGUAACAGAGCUGACAGACAGAAUCAGAUCAAGGUCCUCGCCUGACCAGGCUGAGAUGGAGGACUCAGAACAGUUUGUGAGCUUCUUCCCGGACUUCGUGUGGGCUCUGAGGGACUUCUCUCUGGAGCUGAAAUUAGAUGGGAAACCCGUCUCUGCAGAUGAAUAUCUAGAGAAUUCCCUGAAGCUUAUACAGGGUACUGGUCAAAAAGAAAAAGAAGAAAAGUUGAACCUGCCUCGGCUCUGUAUCCGUAAGUUCUUCCCAAAGAAGAAAUGCUUUGUCUUUGAGCGGCCAGCACAUGGGAAGAAGCUUGGCCAGCUGGAAUCGCUGCAGGAUCAAGACCUGGACUCUGACUUCGUGGAACAAGUGGCAGAGUUCUGUUCCUAUGUGUUCAACUGUUCCCAGGUUAAAACGAUUUUAGGAGGCAUCAAGGUCAAUGGACCACGACUAAAGAGUUUGGUGGUAACCUAUGUGAACACCAUCAACAGUGGGAGUCUGCCAUGCAUGGAGAAUGCUGUCCUGGCUUUGUCCCACAUAGAGAAUGCAGCUGCAGUACGAAAGGCCAUGGCCCACUAUGACCAGCAGAUGACUAAAAAGUUGCAGUUACCAACGGAAACACUCCAGGAACUGAUGGACAUGCACAGGACCAGUGAGAAAGAAGCCAUCAAGAUCUUCAUGGAAAAUUCCUUCAAAGACGUUAAUCAAGUAUUUCUAACGGAAUUAGCGAGUAAGUUAGAAACAAAGCAAGGGGAAUUCUAUAAGAAAAACCUACAGGCAUCCUCAGAUCGCUGCUCAGCCCUGCUUCGGGAUAUUUUCGGUCCAUUAGAAGAAGAUGUGAAGCAGGGAGUUUACUACAAGCAGGGAGGUUAUUGUCUUUUUAACAAGAAGAUACAGAAACUGAAGAAAAAGUACUAUGAAGAACCCAGGAAAGGGUUGCAGGCUGAGGAAGCUCUGCAGAAAUUUUUACAGUCCAAGGAGGAUAUGAUUGAUGCAAUUCUACAGAUGGACCAGACUCUGACAGAAAAGGAAAGGGAGAUUGAAGUGCAGCGUGCAAAAGCUGAAGCUGCAGAAGCUGCCUCAAAAAUGAUGCAGGAAAUGCAAAAGAAGAAUGACCAGCUGAUGAAGGAGCAAGCGAGGAGCUACGAGGAUCGCAUGAAAGAGUUGGCUGAGAAGAUGGAGAAGGAGCAAGCCCAGAUGAGGGAAGAGCAGCAGAAGGUCAUGGAACACAAACUUCGGGAACAAGCUCAACAACUAAAUGAGAAAUUCCAAUUGGAUCGAAAAGAACUUCAAAAUGAGAUAAGGCAUCUCAAUGAAAAGCAAGCCUCACGCACAUGUGUCAUUAGUUAA